GCCGUUUUCGGACGACGAAGCUAAUCUUCACCUUCAACGCUCCCUUUUGCGCUUCAACCGCCAACUAUAUAUCUUUGUUCUGUUCUUCUUUGCGUGCUUCGCUUCCUUUUUCUUUUUUUCCAACUUUCCCCUCCCACGGCGCCUCCCGCUGCGUCUGCAGCUGCAUUGCUGUCGCGUCCGCACGUGCGAUUCCUCUUCUCUUAAGUUUCGCUGCAUUCUACAUUUCUGUAGCUUUCAUUUUUUCCUUUUACGGAAAAAGCUCUCUUGUUGAAGGAGUCUAAUGGCCUAUACAGCCGCAAAGUACGUCGUGGGCGGCAGUUUCGCCGCCUUCUGCACCAUGGUGGGUUUUGGCUACACCAACCCUGCGUGGACGCAGCGCCGCUUCGAUCCUACGAAGGUGCCGCCGCUGAGGUAUGAGACCGUCCCUACGCGUGAGAUGUGCCUGGAGCAGCUCGCCUCUCACAACACGGCGGAGCGUGCGCUGGACGUGCUGGUAAUCGGUGCCGGCUGUGUCGGCACCGGCACCGCCUUGGACGCCGUCACGCGCGGCCUCUCCGUUGGCUUAGUGGACAUGGGGGACUACGCCGGUGAGACGAGCAGCCGCAGCACGAAGCUGAUCCACGGCGGCAUUCGCUAUCUGCAGAAGGCCGUCUUCCAGCUGGACCCGGCGCAGCUGAAGCUCGUCGCGGAGGGUCUGCGGGAGCGCACCAUAAUGGUCCAUCAGGCUCCUCACCUCUGCCACAGCCUCCCCACUAUCGUCCCGUGCUACCACGCGCUCGAUAUCUUCCUGUUCUGGUGGGGCACGAAGCUGUACGACGUCAUCGCGGCCGUGUACGGCGGCACCCUCGGCUACUCACACUUUCUCUUCCCGUACGACACGAUGAGGGCCUACCCGAAACUGAAGAAGCUGGACCCCGAGAACAACCCGCUGUUGGGCUCCAUCCGCUACUACGACGGACAGAUGAACGACGCACGCCUGUGCUUCUCGGUGGCCAUGACCGCCGCCUCGUACGGCGCAGCCACGGUGAACUACGCUAAGGUGAAGGCGAUGGAGGUGGUGAAGGAUAAUAAGGGCGACGAGGUCGUGCGCACCACCGUGGAGGACACCAUCCACAAAAAGACCAUGGAGGUGUACAGCAAGUCCGUCGUCAACGCCGGCGGGCCCUUCAGUGAGAGUAUUGAGCAUCUGUCGAAAGGUACCGAGUCGAAGUUGGAAAUGCUCCCCGCCUCCGGCUCGCACGUCAUCCUCGACCGCAAGUACUGCCCGAAGGAGCACGAGGCGAUGAUCGUGCCGUCCAGCGACGACCGCGUCGUCUUCACCGUCCCGUGGCUCGGCGGCUGCCUCAUCGGCACGACGGACCACAAAUGCAAGGUGCAGACGAACCCGCCGACGGACAAGGCGGAUGUGGAAUUCCUCGUGAAGAACGUCGUCCCAUACGUCGGCGACAUCCCGAAGGAGGCGGUGCGGUCCGCUUGGACCGGCAUCCGCCCCCUCGCCAUGCAAAAGAACCACGUCGAGAAGGCUGGCGGCACGCAGAACGUGGCGCGUGAGUACGUCAUCACCGUAAAUGAGAAGAGCCGCAUCCUAGACAUCGUCGGCGGCAAGUGGACGACGUACCGCAACAUGGCCGAGGACGCCGUCAACAACCUAUCCCGCACCCUCAUGAAGGACCGCGCGGAGUUCAAGCCGUGCUGCACAACGCAAAUGGUGAUGGUCGGUGCCCGCCACCUCGACACCGUGCCCGCGACCCCGGCGAACGGCAUCCCCGACGAUGUGCACCGGCAUUGGCGCAACAACUACGGUGACGCCUAUCACGCGCUGGCUGACAUGGUCGCGCAGAACCCCGCGCUGCUCAAGCGACUUCACAAGGACUCGCCGGUGGUAGAGGCGGAGGUGCUCUACGCGGCGAAGAGCGAGCACUGUGAGAAGAUAAUGGACUUUGUCGCGCGCCGCACCCGCACGGCCUUCCUCGACACCGCGCAAGCAGAGCAGAUUGUGCCUCGCGUGGCGGAGCUGAUGGGGCAGGAAAAGGGCUGGGGCAUCACCCAGCGUCUUCUGGAGAAGUCGGAGGCCUACUCCUUCCUCAACUCCUUCAAGUUGUAA